GAGUCGAGAAAAAAAUGGAUUCUUGCGUGAGAGAAGAUGAACACGAUGGUCAGUCAACAGAAUUGACAAGAUGCACUGUCUGCAACGAAGAUGCAGAGCCAUUGACAUGCGAAGCGUACCUCAAGUUUAUGGCAUUUCUUCCUCCAAAUUAUAAAUACUGCUUGUGUAAUUACACUGUACAAAACGGCAACAUCUCUUGUAUAUCACUAAGACUGCCUAUAUCAACUGAAGAAGGGGCACGAACUUGGUUCAGUCAGUUCCAAGAGAAGUCAUUGACAACCAUGAGAGUUGAUCGCACACAUCCACUAUCUGGUCGUAAAAAUGUCUUUAAGAAGUACAGAUAGGCACGACAAAGAAUACGCAAUGGUUGUCAAGAUGAAC